CCUUCAUUAAAGUCUGCAAAAUGAAUUCACUAGAAAAGUGCUUGAUUUUAAUUAUUUUACUCAAAGUUUUGUGUCUAGUUGAGUCAUAUCCAUCAAAUAAAAUUCCUUGUACUAAAUCAGAUAUUGGCAUUAAGCCAUGUGAAGCAUCACGAAAAAUAAUUCUUGGAAUGAACAGACGAGGAAAUCCAGAAGAGAGGGGACCAUAUUUUGAGGGAGACAUAAUUAGAUCCAGAAACAAGCAAUUGAAAAAACCACCAAAAUUAUGGAUUAAUGGAAUUGUGCCUUACGAAAUUUCUGGAACCUUUCCUCCUACCAAUAAGAAAACGCUUAUGACAGCUAUUGAGGAAGUCAAUUCAAAGACAUGUCUGAAUCUCAUCCCUAGAACUAAUCAAAAGGAUUUCAUUAUAUUCAAAAGUGAUCCAUCUAGCUGCUGGAGUAGCAUUGGAAGAAUUGGAGGUCCACAAGUCGUUAAUUUAGAGAGUCAGUGCCUAAAAGCUGUAGGGACAGGAAUUCAUGAAAUAUUUCAUAGUGUCGGUCUGUAUCAUGAGCAAAAUAGAAUCGAUAGAGAUGACUUUGUAGACAUAAAGACAGACAAUAUUCUCAAUUCUAAGCUUGUCAAUUUUCAAAAAACAGCUGAAAAUGUCUACAACACUAAUGGCGUUGGUUAUGACUAUGGAAGUGUCAUGCAUUACUCGCCUUAUUCGUUUUCAAAGAAUGGAAAAAUCACAAUUGAAACUAAAGGAAAUCCUAAUACGAAGAGAAUUAUGGGACAAAGAGCUGGAAUGAGUCAAAAUGACAUAGAGAAAAUUAAAAGGAUGUAUAAUUGUCAGUAAUUAAAUAAUUAUGGUAAUAAAAAUGGAUAUGCA